GGGGCAGUCCUGAAAGAAACGAGGAGGCGGAGCCCGGAGCUGCGGUAAGCGGAAGCGGCCUCUGAAGGGUCAUGUGACUCGAGUAACAUGGCUUCCGCCCCGUGAGCUCUCUCCCUAGCCGUAUCCUCAGGCAGGACCGGAGCGAGAGCCGCUCUACCCGGGCAGCGGGGCACACGAGCCGCAGAGUGCGCACGCGCGAGAGACGGGCUUGGAAGUCCCGAGAGCAGCCCGGGCGGAGGCGGCGGCGGUGCCCAUGAGGCAGCAGCGGCGUGGAGCGGGCGAGCGCGGAGCCGCAGACGUCCUCGCCGGGCCCCCGGGUCCCCGCUGCUUGUUCCCGGCCUCCCGUUGCUCCUCGCCGCCGCCAUGAACGCGGAGAAAGACUUCGCGCCCCUUACGCCCAACAUCGUGCGUGCCCUCAACGACAAGCUGUACGAGAAGAGGAAGGUGGCGGCACUGGAAAUCGAGAAGUUGGUUCGGGAAUUUGUGGCCCAGAAUAACACGGUACAGGUUAAACACGUGAUCCAGAUUCUGUCUCAGGAGUUUGCCCUGUCUCAGCACCCUCAUAGCCGGAAAGGGGGCCUCAUUGGGCUGGCAGCCUGCUCCAUUGCAUUGGGCAAGGACUCGGGCUUGUACCUGAAGGAGCUGAUCGAGCCGGUGCUCACGUGCUUCAAUGAUGCCGAUAGCCGGCUGCGCUACUACGCCUGCGAAGCCCUGUACAAUAUCGUCAAGGUGGCUCGGGGCUCCGUCCUGCCCCACUUUGAUGUGCUUUUUGAUGGGCUCAGCAAGCUGGCCGCAGAUCCAGACCCCAACGUCAAAAGUGGCUCCGAGCUCCUGGACCGCCUUCUGAAGGACAUCGUGACGGAAAACAACAAGUUUGACCUCGUGAGCUUCAUCCCGCUGCUGCGCGAGAGGAUCUACUCCAACAACCAGUAUGCCCGGCAGUUCAUCAUCUCCUGGAUCCUGGUUCUUGAGUCUGUGCCCGACAUUAACCUGCUGGAUUACCUGCCCGAGAUCCUAGACGGGCUCUUCCCCAUCCUGGGAGACAACAGCAAAGAAAUACGGAAAAUGUGUGAAGUCGCUCUGGGAGAAUUCCUUAAAGAGAUUAAGAAGAAUCCGUCGAGCGUCAAGUUUGCAGAGAUGGCCAACACCCUGGUGAUUCACUGCCAGAACUCGGACGACCUCAUUCAGCUCACAGCCAUGUGCUGGCUGAGGGAGUUCAUCCAGCUGGCUGGCCGCGUGAUGCUGCCCUACUCCUCAGGGAUCCUGACGGCCGUCCUGCCCUGCCUGGCCUAUGAUGACCGCAAGAAGAGCAUCAAGGAGAUGGCCAACGUGUGCAACCAGAGCCUCAUGAAGCUGGUCACCCCCGAGGACGACGAGCCGGACGAGCCCCGGCCCAGAGCGCUGGGCCACGCGGAGAGCAGCCCGGAGGACUCCCUGGCCAAGCAGGAGGUGACCGCCAACGGCUGCUUAGAUGCCUCUUGUGAUUCCAGCUUCAAUGUCUUCACUCCAGCGAGUGCUGAAGGGCUCCCCGUCACACUGAACCUGGACGAGAUCAUGCAGGUGCUGAAUGGCCACCUCCACGAACCGGCCAUCGGGAUGAUGACCAGGAUCGCCGUCCUGAAGUGGCUCUACCACUUGUACAUCAAGACUCCUCGAAAAAUGUUCCGACAUACAGACAACCUUUUCCCCAUCCUUCUCCGGACCUUGUCAGAUGAAUCAGAUGAGGUUAUCCUGAAGGACCUGGAGGUUUUGGCGGAAAUUGCAUCAUCCCCUGCAGGCCAGACAGAAGGUCCUGGCCCCUUCGACAGCCCCAACGUGCGGGUCAACCACUCAGAUCUGCAGGUGCCCACCUCUGGCAGAACCAGCCUGUUGGGUCCCCCUGGUGCCAGAGGUUUGGAGUGCUCACCUUCCUCUCCCACUAUGAACUCCUACUUUUACAAGUUCAUGAUCAACUUGCUGAAGAGAUUCAGCAGUGAGCGCAAACUCCUGGAGAUCCGAGGAGCCUUCAUCAUCAGGCAGCUGUGUCUAUUGUUGAAUGCUGAGAACAUCUUCCACUCUAUGGCCGACAUCCUUCUCCGAGAAGAAGAUCUCAAAUUUGCCUCAACAAUGGUUCACACCCUCAACACUAUCUUACUGACCUCCACAGAGCUCUUCCAGCUAAGAAAUCAGCUCAAAGACCUGAAGACUCUGGAGAGCCAAAGCUUGUUUUGCUGCCUGUACCGGUCCUGGUGCCACAACCCGGUCACCACAGUGUCCCUCUGCUUCCUUACCCAAAACUACCAGCAUGCCUAUGACCUCAUCCAGAAGUUUGGAGAUCUGGAGGUCACCGUGGAUUUUCUCACUGAAGUGGACAAGCUCGUGCAGCUGAUCGAGUGUCCGAUUUUCACAUAUCUGCGCCUACAGCUGCUGGACGUGAAGAACAACCCCUACCUGAUCAAAGCCCUGUACGGUCUGCUCAUGCUUCUCCCUCAGAGCAGUGCCUUCCAGCUCCUGUCCCAUCGACUGCAGUGUGUGCCCAACCCAGAGCUCAUGCAGACCGAGGAUAGUGUGAAGACAGCCCCGAGCUCCAGGAAGGGGGAUUCCCCCAGCAUUGAUUAUGUGGAACUGCUGCAGCACUUUGAGAGGGUCCAGAACAAGCACCUGGAGAUGAGACACCAGCGGAGCGGGCGAGGGGACCACCUGGACCGCAGGAUCAUCCUCUGAGCCCCCAGCAUGCCCAGCUUGGGGGUCAGAGGCUGCUCAGGGGCCUGGUAGGGGCAGAAAGCCAAAGGGUGGUCCUGUGGACCAUUUGUGGCCUUCACGGGGUCCUCUCUGGAACCCCAGCUGGGAGGUGCUUGCACUGCCCCUACAGCCAAAUAGGAAGCCCGUCAUUCAAGGGCAGAGGAAGAAAGGCUGCUCCCCCGUGUUGCCCGCCCAGCCGCUGCCCCCCUGACCCCAGGAAGCCCCUCUGCCCCCCUCUUUCUAGUGAGCCCCUUCCAUUUGGAUUGAGAGCAGAACUCGCUGCCUCGGGCUUCUGGCUCUUCCUCCAGCCUCCACCUGGAUCCUAGGUUUGUAUGGAAUGAUGGAGAUCUCCCGCAUCAAAUAAAGGAAUGAUGGUAAAUUC